CUGAAAAAAUCGAAUUCUGUGGAAUUACUUUACGAGGAAAUGAACGAAACUGAUGAAUUAAAUGAAAGUAAAAACGAAUUUCAACAAAAGCAGGAAGUGUCAUUUGAAAAAUCAGAAAUCGACUGUCGCGAAAUUAUAAAAAGAGCAUAUUUAGAAAAAGGAUUUCCCGAGUCAUCAAUUCCAAUAAUGAUGUCAUCAUUAACAGAUUCAGAAAUAAGAAAAUACGAAAAAAUCAUCAAACUAUGGUUUAAAUUUUGCAUGGAAAGAGAAUUCAAAAAAAUUACUCAAGUUUCACUCAACAACGUAAUUGAAUUUUUCGAACUCCUAUCGCCCAAUCUUGAUAUUGUUAAUGACUUGGAAAAUUAUCGAUCAGCACUAUCGUUGAUAUUAAAAAAAGAAUUAAUGAACGAUGAUAACAUGGAAAGAUAUUUCAAUGGAUUAUUAAAUUUUCAAAAAUCAAAUAAAAAACAAUCCUCAAACUCAAUAGACACUAUUGAUGAUGUUAAUUCAGAAGAGGUGAAAAAAUUCAUCUCAACAAUGGGAGAUAAUUCAUCACUAACAUUAACGACCUUAUCGAAAAAGCUUGUCACAUUAAUGAAGCUAAUAACAAAAUUAAGUUUUCGAACACUUGCAAAUUUAAAAUGGAAAAAUAUCAAAAUCUAUGAGGAUUUAAAAAUAAUUAAAAUAAUGAGAGGUUAUAGAAUGUCCGAUAAAUUUGAACCACUGAUUUUGAAAAUUUCAUUUAAUCAAAAUGAUCAUAGGGUAUGUUUGAAGAAUGCAUUGGAUGUAUAUCUUGCUAAGACAAAGAAUUUUCGACGAGAAACAGAUUUUUUAUUUAUAUCGUUGAAACAACCUUAUCGUCAAUGUACUCCACAAACUUUAUAUCGUUGGUACUUGCAUAUUGUUAAUAAAAGUAAGUGUGACAAAAAGAUUGUGGAUAUUUAUAAUCAUGCAUCAAGUUCAACAUCCAGUGUUUUGGAGAAAUUUCGCGAUUAUCAAUAUUUAAUUAAUCAACAAUAAAAAUCUAAGUGAAAUAAAUAUUUUUGAUGCAAAAAAAUAUUUUGUUUUAUUAUUCACCUUUUGUUUAGAAAUGCGUC